UGAGGGGUUAAAUGCAGAAGACACAUUUCAGUUGAAGGAAUUCCGUUGUACAACUGACUAGAGAGAAGCAGGUGCUUUGGGAAAGGGACCGGAUCUGGGAAAGCGACAACGUAUCCAAGCCUCUUCCUUAAUAUGAGGUGUGAGUCCGGAGUCUGAGGGUGAAAAAGAGGAUCAUUUAAUAGAUCGCUGUUCAUUCAAUACGGCAGCUCUCUGAGAUGAGCUCUGUUGAGAUGACGGGGCUUCAGUUCAUCUGAUCAGAAGAUGUUGUUUGUCUGUAGGCAGACAAAGAGGACUGUCGGUGGAUUAUCUUGGCUGUCCGUUUAAAGUGAAGCUCUCUGUGUUGUGAUAUGGCAUACCUGGUUCACACGGCUCACCCUCAGUUCGUCAGCCUGUGGUUGAGCGCCGUGGGUUGGGCCCUUACCGCGGUGACCCUUGGACUCAUCCAGUGGAGGGUCUGGCAGGUGGCCGACUUGACCUUCAUCACCUCAGGAGAGGCCUGGGUCGGUCUCUGGAGGGUGUGUUUCUAUAGCCAUACACUCGUGACCUCUGGGUUCAGGGUCAUGUAUUGUCAGAGUAUGGCGCUGUCUGACUCCUUCACGCCCCCGGAGGUCGCCACGGCCCAGGUGCUCACUCUGCUAGGGCUGGUCGUGGGGUUCUGUGGAAACGCCGCCGCCGUCUACGCCCUCAGGAGCGUCUAUUUCGGACUGGAGAAGCAGACGCCUAUCCGCCGUGCGUUCGCAGUGGCUGGUACUCUGUGCUUGUUGUCCGCUGUGUGUUUUCUCAUACCUCUCCUGUGGAACUUGAACUCGGUGGUGACCAAUCAAACGAUUGCGUUCCCUUCGAACUUCCACAUGCCCCCUGCACCUGUGACCCAGAAACCAGGGGCAGGUAUCGGGGUCGGGAUCAUAGGGUCGUUUAUGAUGAUCGUCAGUGGAGUUAUCUUCAUCCUCUACAGGUUCCCUGUCAAGAUGGGACCCAGAGUGGAGCCUUUUGGUCCAGAGGCAAGACACUUUGAUGGGUCACCCCCUGGGUCUGUGGGACACAGUAUGGAUAAUCUCAGUAACUCUCAGGCCAGGGACAAUCCUGCCUUCCACUCUGAUGAGCACUUGUGAUUUUUGUCUGAGUUGGCCAUAUCCAAUUUUGUAUUUGAAGCAUUGAAGCAGAAGUGAUGUGACAUAACACAGGAAUAGCCGUUUGAUGAAACUAUGUGGUUAGUAUGAGAACCCCUCCUCAGAACCUCAGAACAAGUGACAUCAAUCGCCUUCACCUGGGUUCACCUGGUCAGUCUGUCAUGGAAAGAGCAGGUGUUCUUAAUGUUUUGUGUACACUCCAUUGAUUCUUGAAGAAUAUAAUUUAUGAAUGCAUCAUGACCUGUCAUUCCCCAUCAGAACCCCAAAUAUAAGCUUGUUUCACUCCAUUGUUUGUAAACAAUGUAAUUGUAAACAAACGCUGUAUAGCGUCAUUGUGGUUUACUAUAAUUUCGGUAUCAUGGAUGGAUGGUCACUUUGUUAUUGUUUGAUCUGCAGACCUUUCAAAUAUGUCAUUACAUUGAUCAUACAUUGAUUCGUAACAUUCUUAUACCUAAUGGUUGUACUAUAGUUGAUAACAAAAAAGCACCUUUAUUUUACAGUCACUGUGCGUUUGCGUUGUAUUCAGUGAAUACUGCUCCUGUAGAGUAGCAGUAAUUGGGAGCGCGCGCGCGCACACACUCUCUCUUUUGAGGAUGUACUUGCAACACACUUGUUUUUAGUCAUUGCCUUGCAAUCACUCCAAAGGGAGUUUGAAAACGGAUUACAUUAAAUAUGUUUUACAUUUAAUUUGUAUUGCUGGUGUCAUUGAAUGUGUUUGUUUGUAAAUUAUGCACUGUUGUUGUUUAUUUGAUUAUAUUGAAAAUGUAUUCUUGAACUUUUAAGGGCUCUUGACAUCCAGGUACAAUAUUAUACACACACACAAUUCAGUCAGAAAUAGUUGUGAUAAAUCAUGUGAUUAAAAGAGACAAUGUUUUAA